CACUGCUGCAUCUUCCAAACAGCUCGUGGACUACUUCACAUGUUUACUAUUAUAUUAUAUUAACUUGUGUACAGUUCUGUGGUUUGAAUGUGAAGAGGCUGUAAGAUCCGCAGACUGUAGCGAUGCAAUGAGCUGUUGUUAGUUGUUGAAAUCAAAAGUGAAAGUCCGCUGGUGCUUUUGUGUUGUUAGCAGUUGUUUCACUUUGUCUUAUUGUACUAUCAGUAAACUUUAAUUUAACUCUUAAUUUACAAAAACACGGAAACGGGACUACGCAAUGAUGAUUCAAGUCAUUUUGUUUGGAUACUUCCUGACGUGCGUUUGUGGUGACGGUGUUGUCGAUGUGGUACUUUCCUGCACCCUGGUGGAGGAGGGAGUUGGAAUGGGAGGAAUGGGAGGUGGGGCUCUCUUCACACGCACUCCAGCCACUCUCGUCUUAAAAGAUGUCGCAGUGGCUCCUGACGAAUCACUUGAAACACUCACUCCGUUUGUCCCGCCUUCAAUCCCUGACCCAGAUGCCAUCCUGUUAGAAGUCAAAGUGUCAUCGCCUGAGAUCCCCAAUGCACAUGUGCUGCUCCAUGCGGACUGCAACCAGCAGGAGGUGAUGUGUGAACUAAGCCGUUACUCUCCUGAUGGAUCCCAGGAGAGUUCAGAACCAGCUUAUUUCAUGGUGUCUCUCAAUGUGGAGGGAGUUGAGUUCAGCACUGCGUUCAUUCUGCAAACUUUGGCGGUAGAGAAGGACCAGUCGACCCUCACACAAAACAAACUGGCUCUGCCUCUUAGCAGCUCGGGAACUAUUCUGACUGAGGUGAUAUUCCUGGUGUUUUCCCACAUAAAGUCCGUAUCUGCCCCUCUGAGAGGUGACGUGCUCCUCAACUGUGGCUUCAAGCAGCAGGAGAUACCCGUAGCGCAGGAAGUGGCCGUUGAAUGGCGACUGCAGCACAGGGGAAAAGGGUGGAAAGUGUUUGAAAUGAAGACAAGGCUGGAUGAUGCAGAAGGGAGCACAGUGGUGCAUGCAGAGAGGAGGGGCUCCAGCAUGAAGGCCUCCGAGGUCGUUGGUCAAGGUAACGCCUCCGUGACUCUGACCGAGCUGAAGGUUUCGGACGUGGGGACCUACAUCUGUACUGUCAGUGUUGGUGCUUUCCACGCCCAGCAGGUCGUUCAACUCCACGUUGUUCAACCUCCUCACAUUUCACUCUCGCAGGAGAAGUUGGUGUUGAAGACGAACUCGGUCCAGACGUUGAGCUGCCACUGCACUAAGUACUACCCGCUGGAUGCUCAGAUCGAGUGGUUAUCCUUCUCUCCGACGGACACAGAGCCCACAGUGCUUCCAGAUCAGGGCUCUCUCUCCAGCCAUCGGCAGCACGCUGACAGGUCUUAUUCCCUGUCGUCUCACCUCACUGUGCCCUCCGGUGUCUCCCCUGGGACGAAGAUCACCUGCAGGGUGUCCCACCGAGCCCUGGACGCUCCUCUCUCUCUCAGUCUGGUGGUAGAACGUCCAGAAGCAGGCUCCUACGGGUGGGUUCUGGGAUUCCUGAUCAUCACUGUGCUUUUCUUCUACCAGGUCAUGAGAUAACUUUGUAGGCAGAUAAUCUGGAUUUUAAACUGAGAGACUUCCUUUGUGUCAUCUGUGAGUCUGUAAAUUACUACUGAUGAGAAGCCAUCACUGGUUCUGUUAACUCUUCUUGGCUUCACCUGAACACAAAGGUGCACUUUGGGUGAAAUAACUUCAUUUGAAUAUCUAACUGUAUAAUUCAUUUGCUUUAUACGUUUGCUGUAUUGUUGUUUGGUGUUUACUGUGAGGUUGCAGUAAACACAUCUGGAGUGUGUGUUUCUGUAGCCUGCAACAUAUUAAAUCUUAAAUCCCAAACUAUACUUUCGUGCAAAGUUCACACUUAAAUUACACAAAGAA